UUGUUUGAGAUAUACAUUGAUUGCAGACGUGACAGUUUCAUCACUCACAGAGCCUUUUGUGAUGCUUUGGCACAAGAAAGUGCAAGAGAGCCACCCAAUUUGAGCAGUGCCAUUGGCAACCAGCUAUUUGGAAACAGUAACAACAUGUCCUUAGGCUUAUCUCAGAAUUUGGGUGCUCAGAUUCCUUCAAUCCAUGACCAAAACUCCCAACCCAGUGACCUAUUGCGUUUCUGUGGUGCACCAAGGACUGGUCCAUUUGACCACAUUCUCCCACCAAACAUAGCCUCACCCUUCAGACCCUCCUCACACCAAACCAUGCAACUUCAAAACCCUCCAUUCUUCAUGCCAGAAUCAAACCAAAACCAAAACCGAAACUACCAUGAUCACCAACAAGCUUUAAUCUCAAACAAGCCUUUUCAAGGAAUGAUACAACUAUCUGACCUCAACAACACCAACACCCCUUCUGCCUCCAACCUCUUCAACCUUCCUUUUCUAUCCAACCGAGGCCACCACACCCCCAACUACUCCGAGGAACACCACUUCAACCCCACAAAAGCCUCAAAUUUCUUCACAGAAGGCACCAUAAUCGGCACCGAUCACCAAACAAGCUCCGCCACUGCCCUUUCGCUUUUCAGCACCACUCUCCAAAACACCACCAACUUGUCUCACAUGUCAGCAACUGCACUGCUCCAAAAAGCUGCUCAAAUGGGUGCUACAAGUUCCAGCACCAACAACUUCCAUGCAACCGGACAAGCCACGGUGCAAUUGAAUAAGCGUCUGGAUCAAGGCGUAACCGGUUACAUCAACCUGUAA